CCUCCCUGACAUCUACCCGCACACAACCCGGAAGAUGGCCACGCUCAUUCCCAGCUUCGGCGGGCUUUUCCAAGUCUCCGUCCUCCUCGUCAACGCCAUCGCCAUACUCUCCGAAGACCGCUUCCUCGCACGAAUCGGCUGGGGCAGUACACAAAAUGAACCGGCGGGCUUUGGUGGCUCAUCGCAAGACAGUGCGAGCGUCAAGGCGAAGAUGAUUAAUCUGAUCAACUCGGUGCGCACGCUGAUGAGAGUACCGCUAAUUUUCGUCAACCUACUCAUCAUCAUCUGGGCCAUUACAUUUGGGUGAAAGAGGAGGAAUACAUUGCAGCGGACACGGUACAAGAGCAGUUGCUUCCAGGAUGGCCUGCGAGAUGGAGCCCAGCAUCAUCCCACCCGCCUCAGCGUCGAGGCCACGAGGACGCCGUAUCACGUCCCAAGAAGACGUACGAAGGCAGCAACACGCUCAUCAUCCAUUCAUCAGCGCACGCUAUGAAAAAAAGACAAGAUGCUAUAGACAGACACGUUCGAAUCAACAUGCAU